GAUCACUUACAAAAACAAAUAGGUUUGAAAUGUUCAAUAAUUUGAAAAAUAAAAUAAAAACAGAAACUGGACAGGAUCCAACACAUAGAUUGCCUCGGCAUUCUACAUCAAACCGAAAUUCAUUAUCAAUCGAUGAGCUGUCGCGUAUUGAAGAAAAAGAUGCUGAAAUAGUUUCACUGAAAGAGGAGCUUAUAAAGGCAAGAUCUAUAAUAGUUAAUCUGGAAAGUGAGAAAAAAUCACUUGAGGAUUCAAAGAAAGCUAAUCAAAUACAAAAGGAAAUAUUUUAUGACGAAACUGAUAAAAUACAAGAUAUUCAACAUCAAGAAAUUCUUAAGCUUAAAUCUUUGUUGUUAUUUAGGGAGCAGGAAUCACUCGACUAUCUGAAUAAAGCAAAGAAUGACAACGCACAAAUACAAAGCUUAAAAAGUGAAAUUCAACAUUUAUCUCGAAUAGAAUCGUCUUAUGAAAAUAUCAAAGAUGAGUUAGAACAUCUUCGUCGAACAUCUCAGAUGGAAAAAAAUCAAUUGACAACACAAUUAUCGGCUAAAAAAGAAGAAAUUCGGCAAUUAGCAAAUAAACUUGAAAUAUCAGAGCAAUCAAGAGCUCUUUUUUCCUCAGCAGAUUCUGAAAAUGACACAAUCAAACUUUUACUACAGGAAAGGAAUUUUUUAGAGAAUCGCCUUGAAGAAGCCAACGUUCAACUAAUUGAUAUUAAAACUUCUUGGGCGAAUCAAAACAUGAGUCUUGAAGAUCAAUUACAGAGAUUAUCGAGACAAGUUGCAGAAGAAACAGCUGAAAAAAGAAAAGCUUACGAAUUAAAGGAAAAAAUGAUAGAAAAAAUCGAACAAUUGGAAUUUGAUCUCAUGAAAACGAAGGAUGAAUUAAAACUACGAGACAAUAAGAUUAAACUUCUUAAUGAAGAAAUCGUCGAGCUCAACUCAUCUUUACACGAUCUACGUCUGGAAAACGAGGAAGAAAUAGAGUUUUUGCGAUACAAAUUUGCAAACCAGGAGAGUGAAUCAAAGUUUUCUAAAGAAAAUAUAGAAGUAGCAGAAACAAAAGAACUUGAAGCCGAAGAAAGAUUUCAAAGAAGCGAGAAUAACGAAAUCAAGGUCAUUCGUGCUAGUGAACUUCAAGAAAAGAAAAUAAUUCAUAAAUGUUUUUUCGAAGACCGAAAAGAAUGUCAAGAUCAAAUCAAACGAUUUGAUUUAAAAUUUAAAGAAAUGAACGAAUAUCUCAAUGAAAAAUUGAUGAAAAUUCAAGAAAAAGAAAAAAUUAUAGAAGACUUACAUAAAACUAUUGAUAAAUAUGAAAGUGAUAUAAAUGAUCAAACAAGGGCCAUAAAAAUUCUAAAUCAACGGCUAUUCGAUGUUAAGAAAACACUUCAAGAAGAAAUAAGGAACAAGAAUAAUGGGCCGAGUGGAUCAAUUUCUAGCAAUGCACCAGCAAUUCUCGUACCAAUUAAUGUUGACAAUAAUAUAUCUUAUCACAACAUAGGCGUUUCCGGCAAAAUAUAUGAGAUGGACGAAGUGAAAUUUUCAUAUCUCAAGCACGUUAUUUUGAAAUUUUUAACAUCAAGAGAUCUCGAAGCAAGACAUUUAAUAAGAGCUAUAAGUACAUUACUUUGUCUCGACGAUUCUGAAGAAAAACUUCUGGCCGAAACUUUAGAAUACAAAAGAGGUUGGUUCGGAAUAAGAACCGAUAGCUCAUUCCGUUAACUUAGUCAUAGUUUUUAUCAUUUCCAUCAAUAUUUUUUCAAAUAUGCAAUUUGAGCUUAAGGAUUAUUGAGAGAUAUUCUCAAUAUGAAACCAAAUUUGCUUUCUCGUUUUUAGCUUAUUUGUUUAAAAUAUAUCAAUUAUUCUAUAUAAGUAUACAACUUAACCAUUCUAUAUAGAGUGUAUAAUGACAUAACAUAUAGCUGAUAUCUAAUUUUAUUUCUGUCUUCUACACACACGCUUUUUUUAUUCUAAUUUUGGUAAAAGCAAAUUGUCUAUUAAAUUUUCUGUCUUAUUUUGAUUUCUUUUUACGUCAUAAAGAUCUCAUCUCAUACAACUGCCUGAGGCGAAGAUUUUUCGUUCUAAAUAUGAAAGUUAAUUUUUACGUUUUUUUUUAAUCAAAUUAAAUUGCGACGUUAAAUAGGGAAAUGCAAAAAAGGGCCGCUUAUACAUAAGUUGCUUAACUCUGAUUUAAAAAAGGAAACUGGAAAAAAUGUUUGUUUAAAAUUUUUUU